AUGAAACUCCCCGGCCGAGUGGACGGCUCUUUCUGCGGUGCGGUGCUGUCGACCCGAUCAUCAGCCGGCUUCGCGGCAGCCCGUCUGCGCGGCAAUGUGGCUGGCCAUGAGCCUCGAAAAGACACAAAACGACCAGCAGCCUCGCCGGUAACAUGCCGCCAGCCACGGCCGCUCUCCUGUUCGCGGAGCUCGCAAUGGCUGCUAUCGACGUUUGUGCCAGGCCUCGAAACGCACCGCACCGCACCGACGCAGAACCCUCGACGCACCGCUCGCUGCUACGGGACAGCCGCUGCCUCUCACGAAUCAGGCACACGACAGCGGCCGCAGCCACCGCCCCCCGCCAUCGCCCAGGAUAAGGGAAAGAUGCUGCUGUACGUCGACCAAUCCGACGUGGGCAGUGUGGAGGAGUAUUUUGAUUUCUACAAGGAUCCGUACCGGCGUGGAUAUGCGGCUCCAGAUGGGCCAAAUCUGAGAGUAUCCGAGAAGAAGAGCGAUGUGCAGUAUCCCUCUGCUGACGAGACGGCAAUGACCAACAACGGGACGCAAGAAAUACUAGGGCGACUUCAAACUGCCAUAGGCCAAAGGCUGCGGCACCCAAGUCGCUAUGCUCUGGAUGGGAUACACAAGUUAUACUCGGAGCUUCCCGAGCCACGCAUGCUCUGUCUCACGUGGCAAUGGCGCAACAGACUUUUGAGAGUGAUGGGGACGCCUCAUAAGCGCGACAUGGAGUCAAUGCUGCGUUAUUUCGCCUUGGUUGCGGAUGUCAAGAAUGCAGGGCUUACUCUUCGCCGCUCACAAUGGAAUUACGCUCUGGCCUUUGCGACCAAGUAUACUGCCAGGGUAACGACCCAGGAGAUGGAGUCUGCGCUGAGAAUAUGGAAAGAAAUGGAGAGGGAAGCCAAGAUUAUGGGAAACGACGUGACAUUUAACGUUCUAUUUGAUGUUGCCGCCAAGGCGGGGAAUUUCACCUUGGCUGAUAUGAUAUAUCAGGAGAUGGAGACGAGAGGAGUGGAGUACAAUCGUUUUCACCAUGUCAGUCUCAUCCACUACUUUGGAUUGAAGCUUGAUUCUGGUGGGAUUCGUGCUGCAUACCGAGACAUGGUUGAGUCUGGCGAGAUGAUUGAUACUGUUGUUCUCAAUUGCGUCAUCUCAGGCCUUCUCAGGUGUGGCGAAGAGUCGGCAGCUGAAGAGACAUAUCAGCGGAUGAGAAACGAUCACCAAAUGGCGUCGGAGAUUCCUCAAAAGGACUAUAUGAUGAACAAGGUUGUCACCAAAGUCCUUAUGAUGUUUACGCGGGUCGGAAAGAAACAUCCAGAGCUGAAGAAGUCCUUUCAGACAAACGUCCGCUUGACACCGGAUUCUCAUACCUACAAGCUGCUGGUGGACCACUAUGCCAUCAGAGUCGGCAAUCUUCAAAAAGUUGCCCAAUAUCUGGAUGAGAUGAAACAUUUGAAAAUAUCCAUUAAUCCUACCAUUUUCCUGGCCCUAUUCAAGGGCUUUUACACGCAUGGAGGAUUUGCCGGCUCGGACUGGUCAGAACAGCGCCUGGAAGGCAUACUGGCGGCAUUCUAUCAGGCCCACGAUGACUUUGCAAAGGAAUUUCGCAUAGACCGCUGGGUGGUCAUUUGGGCUUUGCGAGCGGUGAAAAAGUGCUGCUCCAACGAAGUACUCGUCCAGACGUUUGAGUCCAUGUCUCAGAGAUGGGAUAUACCGCCGGACCGCCACCAAUUCAUGCACGCACUGUUUGAGAAUAUUCUCCACGACAGAGACCUGCGGUCUACUCGAAACGAUGGGCUCCAGCUACAGCGGCAUAACAAGGAUGCGUCAUGGUUAUAG